GAUGUGACUUUGGAUAUCCUCGGUCAACAGCCGUUCUUGAAGAUCUACACGCAAAUAUGUCUCUGCUUCUCAAUGCCUGACAAUGCCUCCGACUCAGCCAUCAUCAACACAUUAACCAACGGCCUCGAACGAUUGACAGCAAGUUUCCCAUGGAUAGCCGGCCAAGUUGUCAACGAAGGCACUAGCGAAGACAACACAGGCGUCUUCAAGAUAAAACCACUGGAGAAAAUCCCCCGUCUAGUCGUGAAAGACCUCCGAAAUGACCCCUCAAUACCGACAAUGAACGGUCUCAGACAAGCCGAGUUCCCUAUGAGCAUGCUCGAUGAAGAGAUCAUCUGUCCCUGCAGGACACUCCCGUUUCCUGGAACCUUUGACGAGUUUCCUGUGUUUCUUGUGCAAGCGAAUUUCAUCACUGGUGGGCUGUUGCUUAGUUUGGUUGCUGAGCAUGGCGCGAUGGAUAUGACGGGUCAGGGCCAGAUUAUCCGUCUCCUGUCGAAGGCUUGUCGAAACGAACCAUUUACAGCUGAGGAAGUGUCAACGGGAAAUCUAUCCCGUCACGAUAUCAUCCCAUUACUAGACUUCUCCUACGAACCAGGCCCAGAGCUGUCCCAUCAAAUCAUCAAACUCCCCCCAAUACCCCCAGCACCACCAGCAAAGAGUACAUGGGCCUAUUUCUCCUUCCAACCCAGUUCACUAGCUGAGCUCAAGUCCCUCACUACCGCGACACUCCCCUCAGGCUACAUAUCCACCGACGACGCCCUAACAGCACUAAUCUGGCAAUCCGUCGCCCGCGCGCGCCUCCCCCGCCUCAACCCCGACACACACUCAACCUUCGCCCGCGCAGUCGACGUCCGCCGCUUCCUAAACAUCCCCCAAACAUACCCAGGUCUGAUCCAAAACAUGACAUAUCACACCAGCGCGCUUCAGUCGCUAGUUCACGAGCCAUUGGGCGUGAUAGCCUCGUGGCUGCGCACGGCUGUAGAUCCUAACACAUCGACACUGGGGCAUGAUUCGCGAGCGCUGGCGACGUUCCUAGCUCGCUCGGCUGAUAAGACUAUCUUUUCAUUCUCUGCGGGUUUGGAUCUCUCGACGGAUAUGAUGCUUAGUUCGUGGGCGAGGGUGGGUUGUUAUGAUCUUGAUUUUGGUCUGGGGGUGAGUGGUCCUGAAGCAGUGCGCAGGCCGCGGUUUGAUCCAUUUGAGAGUCUUAUGUAUUUGAUGCCGAAAACACCUGAUGGGGAGAUUACGGCUGCGAUUUGUUUGAGGGAUGAGGAUAUGAAGAGACUAAGGGUUGAUGGGGAUUUUAUGAGGUUUGGAAGGUAUAUUGGGUAAUAGAUUGCAUUUCGAGUCGUUCUGUGGCAGAGAUCGCGUGGCAAUUGCAAUAGACAUGACAUGACAUGACAUGAUACAUAAUGAAUAAUGGG